CCAGCCCGAUACCUCAGUUCCUGGACUCUCUGACAACUGGCUAGCUAACUGUCGUUAAAUAAAUUGCCGUGCUUUAAAAAAACAGAACAAAAAACUAAAGACGUCGAUGGAAAGAUAAUAUAUGUUGCGGGAACUAAUGUGGAGCAGACCUCCUGUUGCUCCUGUUCUGCCAUGUGUCCACCUCCCUUGUACCUGCUCUUCCUGGGCCUGACCCCCGCGCUGCUCCUGGCCGUUCACAACGCCCACCCACACUCCCCUCCUGUGCCUCAUCCCCUCUCGUGUGGGCCGGGCAAGUCGUGGGCCGUCCAGCUUCACACAGACCCAGAGCUGCUGGAGGCCGAGGGGUGCGACCUGCACCAGCUGGCCAGCCGGGUAGCUGAGGUGUCUGGCCUGGAGAACAAGGGGCAGAUAGGGCACCUGGAGGGUCACUACCUUCUUUGUGCAGGGCCUGAGGACAAUGGCAGGGUGGGGCACCUCCUGGCAACCCACCCCUACGUGCUCUGGCACUCCCAGGAGCAGGUCCUCAGCCGCUCCAAGAGGGGCUUGGCCUUCAACGACCCCAGAUACCCCAAACAGUGGCACCUGCACAAUGAUAAAAACAAGGGCAUGGACAUCAAUGUGACUGGCGUGUGGGAGCGCAACAUCACCGGAGCCGGCGUGACCGUGGUGGUGGUGGACGACGGUGUUCAGCACACCCUGGAGGACAUCCAGCCAAACUAUAGUCCAGAGGGCAGUUAUGACUUGAACUCCAACGACCCAGACCCUAUGCCCCACCCAGAUGUACACAGUGACAAUCACCACGGCACCCGCUGCGCCGGAGAGAUCGCCGCCGUUUCCAACAACAGUUUUUGCGCUGUGGGUGUGGCCUACGGAAGUAAAGUGGCAGGUAUCCGGGUCCUGGACGGACCCCUUACCGACAGCAUGGAGGCGGUGGCCUUCAACAAGCACUACCAGAUCAAUGAUGUCUACAGCUGCAGUUGGGGUCCUGAUGAUGAUGGACACACUGUCGAUGGACCACACCCCCUGGGCAAGGCGGCGCUGCAGCAUGGCGUGAUCGCUGGCAGAAGGGGCUUUGGCAGUAUCUUUGUUGUCGCCAGUGGCAACGGGGGCCAGUACAACGACAAUUGCAACUACGACGGUUAUGCUAACUCCAUCUACACUGUCACGAUCGGGGCUGUGGAUGAAAAAGGGAAUAUGCCUUUCUAUGCUGAGGAGUGUGCAUCCAUGCUGGCCGUCACAUUCAGCAGCGGGGGGAGACCACAGCGCAGCAUUGUCACGUCAGACUGGUCUUUGCAGCAGGGUACUGGCUGUACCGAAGGACACACAGGAACAUCUGCGGCUGCACCGCUGGCGGCCGGCAUGGUGGCCCUGAUGCUGCAGGUCCGGCCUUGUCUCACCUGGAGGGAUGUCCAGCACAUCAUCACCUACACCGCCACACAGUAUGAUGUGGGAGGGGAUUGGAGCGUUAAUGGAGCAGGCUUCCACCACAGUCAUCAACAUGGCUUCGGCUUGCUCAAUGCCUGGAGGCUGGUCAACGCUGCCAAGGUGUGGGAGAUGGUGCCGUUCUUGGUGUCCUAUCAGAGCCCAGUUCUAAAGGAGGAGGAGCUUAUCCCAGCCUAUAAGAAGCAACUCAACCUCACCUGGAACGUCACUGAAGCUGACCUCAGACAGUCUGGGAUGCAGACCUUGGAACACGUGUCCGUCACCUUGACGAUGGUCCAUCCUCGCCGGGGCAACGUGGAGAUCGUGCUGCUCUGCCCCAGUGGCAUGUCGUCUCUCAUCGGGGCGCGGCGGCCUCUGGACACGGACGCCUCGGGCUACUCCGACUGGACCUUCUCCACCGUCCGCUGCUGGGGGGAAACGGCCAUGGGCCAGUACAGGCUACUGCUCUCUGACCACAAUGAGACUGAGUUGACCCCUGGCUACCUAAAGCACUGGAAACUCACUCUCUACGGCUCCUCCAUGUCCUCGCAGGAGAUCCAGGAGAGACAGAGAGUGGUGGAGGAGGCGAUGGGUGGGCAGUAUCUGGAUAGCAGCUUCUCCCUGCCCUGUCCUGCAGGCAUGGAUAUCGCCCCAGAGACGGUCAGCCCAUUCACUUCCAACAGUCUCAAGUCCCUGCUGCUGCUGGGAUGCUUCGCUCUGUUCUGGUCCCUGUACUACACGCUAGAGGUGGCCAUGGCCCAACUGGACCUCUGGGGGCUGUGUGGGCGGGGCAGGAGGACGCAGGGCUCCCUGGGGGGCUGGACGAGGCCCGCUGGGGCCACGGAGGACAGCUCAGAGAUGGAGUUGCAGACGGUACUGCUAGACUCAGAGGACAAGAUGCACUUUAUCACUGCGGACCCUGACACAUAACACCAGAGACCAGCCCCAUCCUCUCCAGCCCUCCCCCCACCUCUGCCUGGGCCUGGCGCCCCCCGGUGGUGGCCACACUAACCUGGAAUGGAUGUGAGGCUUCUGCUCAACACUCCCGUGGCCUUUCAUCAGUGUGUUUGUGUUUGGUUGAACGUCCCGGGACCCUCAGUCUCCUUGCAGUGCAAUGAAGUUAGGGGUAUGGUUUACAGGUGGGCGUGUGUGUCGCCGGUCUGUUAGUGUGUGUUUGAACAGUGUACUGAACAAACACUUGGUGUUUCAUGUUCUGCUUCACCCCUAGAGUGGCACACCUGAUUCAGUUAGUCAACCAAUCAUCAUGCCUUUGAUUCCUUGGAUCGGGUUUCAGGGUUCAAACGAAACAUUUGAAACGUUUCUGGUGCCUGAGGAAAGGUUUUGGAAACCCUGACACAAGGGGAAGGUGGAGGAGAUCUCUUGGAAAGCGUGCGUCUGUGUGUGUGCGUCUGUGUGUACAGGUAUAACUAACUGUGGGGACCGAAAGCAAAUAGAUUGUAAGACACUGACAAUCCUACCUUCUGGGGACAAUCUCAAUGGUGAAAAAGGCUAUUCCAAGCUUAAGGGUUAUGUUAUAACUGGGCUAUGUUAGUGAUUUGUGGGUUAAAUGUUUUGGUCCUCACAACGAUAGGGAAACGAAACAAACGUGAAACAAAAAGGUUGGAAUGUUUUUUCUAUAUUUUCAGGAUGCGUGGUGUGUGUGUAUGUUUGAGAUUGAUGGGGUACUAUACAGAUUCAUGGUUGAAGUUAUUUAUUUUUUUAUUAAGUUGAUGAUUGAUGAUGAUUUUGUAAACAUGGUUUUUAAAAAACCUCUGGUCAUUUUGGGAUGUUGUUUUGUCCAGACUGUCACAUUUUCCAGUACUUGAAUUUGGUUUGGGAUUUUAUUGUGGGGUUGAAUGUGUAUGUGUAGACAUCUUUCUUAUCAGCUGUAAUAUAUACACACAAACAAUGUGUGCUUGGUUUAAAGCUAUAUAUCAUAUAGUAAUGAUUUCUAUAAAUGGAAACAUAUUAAAGAGAUUAUAUUUUUAUUUACUGGUUGUCAAGGGGAAGCCUGUGUUUUGCUGUGCAAGUCACAGUUUGACUGAGUGAAAACCAAUAAAGACUGUUUAUGAAGUCGUGA